UUCUUUCAUUCCGUUGUCCUAGCAGGAGUUAGCAAGUUCAAACAAGAAUAAAAGAUGAAAAUCAACAUAAAGGAAUCGACUAUGGUUCGGCCAGCCGAGAAAACUCCACAACGGUACCUAUGGAACUCAAAUUUAGACCUAGUGGUGGCACCAAAAUUUCACACACCUUGUGUCUACUUUUACAGACCAAAUGGGGCUUCAAAUUUCUUUGAUUUUACUCUUCUUAAAGAAGCAUUGAGUAAAGUGCUUGUGCCAUUCUACCCAGUGGCUGGUAGACUAAGAAGAGAUGAAAAGGGUCGUGUUGAAAUCGACUGUAAUGGGGAAGGUGUUCUAUUUGUUGAAGCUGAAACAACUUCGCUUAUUGACGACUUUGGUGAUUUUGCUCCUACUCUGGGAUUCAGACAGCUUAUUCCUAAGGUCGAAUUUUCUGGAGAUAUGUCUUCAUACCCUCUCCUAGUUUUACAGGUUACUCAUUUCAAAUGCGGAGGCGUCUCACUGGGAGUUGGAAAGGAACACCAUCUAGCUGAUGGACCAUCAGGUCUCCAUUUCAUUAACUCGUGGUCUGACAUGGCACGCGGACUCAACCUCACUAUCCCACCCUUCAUCGACCGAACUCUUCUACGCGCACGAGACCCACCAACACCGAUGUUCCACCAUGUCGAGUAUCAACCACCUCCACCCAUGAAAACACCAUCAGAUUCUCCAAAUUCCCAACCAGCUCUGGGUUCCCCAGCGUCAAUAGUGGCUAUCUUCAAAUUUACAGGAGACCAGCUCAACACACUCAAAUCCAAAUCCAAAGAGGGUGACAACGUUGCAGUUAACUAUAGUUCUUAUGAAAUGCUUGCCUCCCACGUCUGAAGAUCCGCCUGUAGGGCACGCGACAUUCCGGUUGAUCAAGAAACAAAAUUGUACAUUGUGACAAAUGGACGAUCCAGACUGCGUCCUCCUCUGCCCCCCAAUUAUUUUGGAAACGUUCUUUUCAAUGCUACACCAAUUGCUGUAUCAGGUGACCUAGUUUUGAAACCGCUAACAUAUGCAGCUGGUAGGAUUCAUGAUGCCAUUUUGAGGAUGGACGAUGAGUAUCUACGCUCUGCUCUUGAUUUUCUCCAACUUCAACCUGACGUAAAAGCUCUAGCCCGUGGUGCCCAUACUUUCCGAGGCCCAAACAUCGCGGUCACCAGUUGGGUUGGGUUAGGCUUAUAUGAUGCAGACUUUGGAUGGGGUCGACCGAUAUCCGCGGGUCCAGGGGGAGUAGGCUGCGAAGGCUUAUCGUAUGUGUUACCAAACCCUGUCAAUGAUGGAAGCUUAUCGCUAGCUAUUUCGCUGCAGCCAGACCAUAUGAAACGCUUUGAGAAGAUCGUAUACGAUUUUUAAACCAUAAGAUGAUACUGUCAUCAAAACUGUCUGGUUUCAAAAGACAAAGAGCAACUUUGCGGCUCAGGAGACUUAGCCCACAUGCUUGUUUUCUAGUUAUCAAUUUGGAAAGUGUUUUAUAUAUCCUGUUCAAGAAUUGAAUAAUACCUCGAAGGUUAUUGCAAUGAA